GAAUCAAAGAUCAGACCCGUUUCUUCUCCGCCAAGUACCCGACUGAUCACCCAUCACCUUCUUCUUUUUUUUUUUUUUUGGAGCCAUGUAUCUAUCCGACAAGCCACGUCCGAGUCCCGGUCCCACUGAUUUGUCCGACCGAGAAAUGAUGCUCGAGGUCGUCGCCAUCGACCCUCUCUCCCACCACCCCCACCCCCACCACCAACAGCAGAUGAUCCUGGCCGACAGCAGCGGCGGCGAGGACCAUGAGCCAGAGCCCGGGCCGGAGCUCCGGGCUACCAAGAAGCGGGCCGAGACGUGGGUCGCCGAGGAGACGAGGAGCCUGAUCGGGUUCCGCCGAGAGGUGGACGGGAUGUUCAACACGUCCAAGUCGAACAAGCACCUGUGGGAGCAGAUCUCCGCCAAGAUGAGGGAGAAGGGCUUCGACCGCUCCCCCACCAUGUGCACCGACAAGUGGCGCAACCUGCUCAAGGAGUUCAAGAAGGCGAGGCACAACCAGGAGCAGGAGCAGCACCAUCAGAGCGACAAGGGUGGUGCCGGGUCGGCGAAGAUGACGUAUUACAAGGAGCUCGAGGAGCUUCUCAGAGAUAGGAAUAGGAACGGGGGCGGGGGCGGCAGUGGUUGCUGUGGCGGUGGCGGUGGCGGUGGCGGAGGAGUCUUUGGGGGGUCUGGUCGACCCCCUAAAGUCGACCCUUUCAUUCAGUUCUCCGACAAAGUUAAUGUUUCAGGUUUCGAUGAUUCCGGCAUCCAAUUCGGACCCACGGAAGCUAGUGGACAGGCAACAGUCAACAUGGACAGGCACUUAGAUCAAGAUGGUGAUCCUCUUGCUAUAACUACUGCUGAUGCUGUGGAAGCCAGUGGAGUUCCUCCUUGGAACUGGAGAGAUGCGCCGGGAAAUGUAAUGGCAGGAGGGGACCAGUCAUCAUAUGGAGGGAGAGUUAUUACAGUCAAGUUGGGUGACUAUGUCAGAAGGGUUGGUAUAGAUGGAAGUGGAGAUGCAAUCAAAGAGGCAAUCAAGUCAGCGUUUAGAUUAAGAACUAAGCGGGCAUUUUGGCUGGAGGAUGAGAACCAGGUUAUUCGGUGCCUCGAUAGAGAUAUGCCUGUAGGAAAUUACACUCUCCACCUUGAUGAAGGGAUCACCAUAAAAGUUUGCAUGUACGAUGGAUCUGAUCGGAUAGAAGAGAAAACACUAUACACUGAAGAGGAUUUCCGAGAUUUCCUUACGCGCAGUGGUUGGAUAGGUUUAAGAGAAGUUAAUGGCUACAGGUGCAUUAGCACUAUCGAAGAUCUGCACUCUGAUGUGAUGUAUGAGGGAGCCAGAAUUCUGGGGGAAUAGUAGUUUGUAAAUUUCCUUACUUGCAGAUCUCCACGCUGCUUCCGCAAAUUUUGUGCAAUGGCAAUACACCGAUUUUGUAGGAACCAAGUAAUGCAAGAGAUUGCGUAUAGAUGUAUCUACUAUCUACUUGGUCAUUGUAUGUUCUCCAGAAUGUUAGAUAAUGUAUAGUUGAUCUCGACUUUGUCGCGAUUGCGGUGAGAAAAUCUGUUAACCUCAGCAAUAUUAUUCAGUGUGCUUCGAACGUUUCA